AUGGAGGUGGAACGUAAAACCUGGUGCGACAGGAAGCUUCUCAAAUUCGAAGACAUCUGCAGAGGACGCAUCCAUUCCAUCCACCACCACUUGCUCAAUAACGACGUAGUGGCCGCCUUUGAUCAGCUGAAAAAAGGAACCUCCCCCUUCGUCAGAGAUGAAUGUAACAGGACGGCCCUCGAUUUAGCCAUCGUAUUAUUUAUGGGCAAAUUUAAUGAGUCCCUAUGCACCUCCCUCAUUGCAGAUUAUAUGCACUCAGAUGGGUGUGUCUCGGGGAGCUGCUCUUCAUCUUACAGCAAUAGAGUACCAGUUAUCCUUAGGGGGGAUGCCCCACUUGACCACUCUAAAGAUCCACUCAGCGUGGCUAACAAGACAAGCGCAACGGAGGAGUCAUCCGACUCGUUGUCACCCCUCCGGUUGGCGAGAAGAAAAGUGCGUUGGGCCAUUCCAAACCGGUCCCACUGUUAUCAGCAUGGUUACAAUAUGGGACUAUGCAACAAUAAUAUGACACCCCCGCGCAGAGCACUAACCACCAAAGGGGGAAGAGGAACCAAACAUACAAGAGCAUUGCUCGACGGAAGACUACGAAGAAUGAAAGCCCUGCUUCUGUUCAUAAAGACUCUUAGCAUGAACACACGUUUGAGAAAAUAUGCAGAGAGGGUCGCAAAGGAAGAGAUUUCCAAGCUGUCUUUCCCCUUUCUGUACACAAAUACCAUGCACAUGCUUUUUAAGCGUUUUUCGCCUGAACAUGGUGAGUUAAAAAAGUGGAACAUAAAAAAUCCAGCUGACUCAAGAAAGUUACUUACAAAAAUAUUGUCUAGCAAUUUGUUCGAAAGUGAAGUAAUUAAAUUUAUGGGGAACAUCUUAUCUUGUUUCUCUUGCAUGAUUGGAAUCUUUGGAGAGAAGAUCUACCAACAGGAGUCCACCAUUUCGCAGUUCAUACUGCAUAUGUCUUUUACCUUCGAUAACGAAUACUUAUUCAAUGUAGUAGUAAAUAAAGAAAACACGUUUGGGGAAAAGGAUAUGUUUCAGUGGGACGCACUAAUCGAUUCCAUCUCGCAUGGGAAGCAUUCGUUUCGUCAUUAUUACCAGCCGUUACUGUAUGCCAGACUGAACAAGUUUUUUCUGGAAAGGCUGGAACAGCUCCGGGACGAAGAGAAGGGGGGGAAAAGGACUCGACACUUAGCCAAUAGGGCGCAGCCCGUGGUCCACUUCAAAGGGUAA